AUGUUAAGGUAUAGCACAAACAGAAACAGAGAACCUCCAACGCAUAUUGCUUGGUUCCGGGACGCGACGUUGGGUGCAAGGUUAGGUGGAGGAACGUUGCGAAUCCUGUCCGUGACAAGUCAAAGCGCUGUCUGCGAAAAGCAAUACGAUGAUUUUGGGUAUCUCAGAGAGAGCGAUCUGCGCCAGUUCAUCGAUACGAAUGAGGGCAAACUCACGGCGGCGGAUCUAGAGAGGAAACUGGAGAGGAAACUGAGGAUUCGGCUAAAACGAGAUGGAGUGUUCUACAAGACAGGAGAUGACGAAAUCCGCCUAGCAACCGUUGUGGGAGAUCGUUGGUUCUGUUCUACUUCAGGUCGGCACAUUGCGAUCCAGGUAGAAGCAAAACUGUACUUUUACGAGCUCGUGCAGUAGUGUGAUUGUGAGUGUGUGAAUAACCACUGGGCAAAAGGGGAUGUCCCGGCCAGGACAGGACAGGAGGGGUUGUACCCGUGGUAUAUGUAGUAAGGGAUGAUGUGCCAGGAGAAAUUUGUAUGUAUUCGAUGUUGUUUCUAGUUACCCGACGCCUCGAUGCCCCUCUCCGCAAAAAAAGUAGCCGGCACAUCUUUUCUAUGUGUCGCGCGCAGUUG